AUGUCCACCUCACCCCUCGACUUCCGCCUCCUCGUCACCGGCAACGAUUUCACCCCCGAAGUCGAGUCCAAACUCGCCGACCUCCUCGACGGCGCCAUAAACCGCAGCACAAGCCCCGAAGCUGCAGCCGACGGCAUCGACGAGCUGUGCCCCCGAAACGAAGAUGCAGAGAGCUUCCUCUGGUCGCUGUGGACGCUCCUCGCCGACGUCGCCAAGCGCAUUCCCCUCGACGACCCGCGCCUCCAGCACCUCGUCGAGAUCCUCAAGGCGCUCAACGCCAAGCAAACCGGCAGCGUCGAGAUCUGGGGUUCGCAGCACGAGCUGUGGGCCGACAUGCCGCUCUUUGGCGCCGUCAUGAGAGAGGAGUGGAACGCCUCCCCUGAAUUCGACAAUAAACCUGACCAAGCCACCAAAAUCGCCCAGUGGCUCUCCCUCAACUCCUUCGCCGCCCGCCUCCUCAGCGCCUCCGUCUCGUCUUGGACAAAUUUUGCCAUUUGGGAGCUUCGCGACGGGCUGGAAGAGCCGCUUUCCACUGAUGAGGCCAGGGACACGCACUUGAUCACUGCAUCUGAGUGGAUCACCCAAGCUGGUCAGGUGCUGUACAACGAGACAAAGAAUAGUGUCGAGCUUGAUUCACAAGCUACCGGAGCUCUAAGUCCGGGCUCUCUGAUUGAGGGAACAAAGUCGGGAUUCAACGAGGAGAGAUGGAGCUUUUGGAAGCAGAGGCUGGAAGAGCUGAGCGCAAACGCAAGGGCGGAGGCUAAGAAGAGGACGGAGAAGGCGUUGGAAGUGAUCAAGAGCCUGGAGGCAUAA